GUGGCAUCAUGUGUGUUGCAAGUCAGGUUGACCAAGGACACGGUGUGCUGAGCUGCUGACCUCCACUGGGCCGCAGAUGCCACUGCGCAGAGUACAUGGCAGCAUCAAGUGUUCCUGGAGGCCUGGGUCCCCUGGAGUGACUGGACAUGUUCCUGGGGCUGCCUGCUCCCCACGAUGUACAGGGCAGGGGAGCCAGCGAAGAGGCCACCCCCGGGGCCCGCGCCCCCUCGAGUGCGGAGUGUGGAGGUGGCCCGGGGCCGCGCAGGCUACGGCUUCACGCUCUCGGGGCAGGCACCCUGUGUGCUCAGUGGAGUCGUGCGGGGCAGCCCUGCGGACUUCGUAGGCCUCCGUGCUGGGGACCAGAUCUUUGCCAUCAAUGAGAUCAACGUGAAGAAGGCCUCGCACGAGGACGUGGUGAAGCUCAUUGGGAAAUGCUCUGGGGUGCUGCGCCUGGCCAUUGGCGAGGGCGCCGGCCACCCCGAGGCCUGCUCCAGCGACGACGAGGGCGGGCUGUGCGAGGGGAAGGGCUGGCUGCGGCCCAAGCUCGACUCCAAGGCCCUGGGGAUAAACAGAGCAGAGAGGGUCGUGGAGGAGAUGCAGUCGGGGGGCAUUUUCAGCAUGAUUUUUGAAAACCCGAAUCUUUGCAUGAGCGGCGCAGAGCCUUUGAAAGGGAAGCAAAGGUCCCUUUCGGAGUCGGCUGCCGUGCGGCUGGAAGACAGUCCCAGCACGGUGCAUCCUGGCCUGCUCUCCAAGGAGGUGGCACAAGCAGUCCACGAUGACUCUGUCUUCAGCGCUGGCCCGGAGAACCCGGACAGCUUCGUGCUGGAUGCGAGCAUCCUGAACGUGGCCAUGGUUGUGGGCUACCUGGGCUCCAUCGAGCUGCCCUCUACCAGCUCCAACCUGGAGUCCGAUAGCCUGCAGGCCAUCCGAGGCUGCAUGCGGCGCCUGCGGGCCGAGCAGAAGAUCCACUCACUGGUCACCAUGAAGGUCAUGCAUGACCGCGUGCUGCUGUGCUCUGACAAGGCCUGCGUGGUGGCCGAGUACCCAGCCGAGAAGCUGGCGUUCAGCGCUGUGUGCCCGGAUGACAGGCGGUUCUUUGGGUUGGUGACCAUGCAGACGAAUGAUGACGGGAGUCUGGCGCAGGGCGAGGAGGGUGCCCUGCGGACGUCCUGCCAUGUGUUCAUGGUAGAUCCCGACCUGUUCCACCACAAGAUCCACCAGGGCAUUGCGCGGCGCUUCGGGUUUGUGUGCACAGCCGACCCCGACACCAGUGGCUGCUUGGAGUUCCCGGCGUCCUCCCUCCCGGUGCUACAGUUCAUCUCCGUGCUCUACCGGGACAUGGGCGAGCUCAUCGAGGGUGUGCGGGCCCGCGCCUUCCUGGAUGGUGACGGUGAUGCCCACCAGAACAAUAGCACCAGCAGCACCAGCGACAGCGGCAUCGGGAACUUCAGCCAGGAGGAGAAGAGCAGCCGGGUGCUUGUGGUCGACCUGGGCGGGGGCUUGAGCAGGCCUGGCCUGGGCAGCAGUGCCGGCUGGGAGGGUGCAGGUGCCAGAAGCUCGCAGGCUUGGGCCACGUCCUGGAGCAGGCCCUUCUGCCACAGCCCCGAGGGGGGCGCCGUGUGCGAGGCUGGCCCACAGGCAGACAGGCUCCGGGACCCGAGCAAGCACCUGGGGCCGGCCUCGCAUGCGGAGGGCGCUCUGGCCUCGCUGCGGAGUUCUGUCCCUCCUUCUAAGAGGGGUGCCGGUGCUGGCUGUGGUCUCAGCCAGAGGUGGCUGCCUGUGCACGUGCUCCAGGAGUGGCAGUGCGGCCACGCCAGCGACCAGGAGUCCUACACAGACUCCACGGAUGGCUGGUCCAGCGUCAACUGUGGCACGCUGCCACCCCCCAUGAGCAAGAUUCCUGCAGACCGCUACCGGGUGGAGGGGAGCUUCGCGCAGGCCCCACUGAGCACCCAGAAACGGGACUGGGCCAGGAAGGCUUUUGGGAUGCAGAACCUCUUCGGACCCCCUCGAAAUGUCAGGAAGACCAAAGAGGACAAAAAGGGCUCCAAGUUCGGGAGGGGAAUUGGACUUGUGCAGACGUCUCAGCGCACCUCUGCCCGAAGAUCCUUCGGAAGGUCCAAGAGGUUCAGCAUCACCCGUUCUCUCGACGACCUCGAGUCUGCAACUGUGUCUGAUGGGGAACUGACAGGUGCUGACCUGAAGGACUGCGUGAGCAGCAACAGCCUGAGCAGCAAUGCCAGCCUCCCCAGUGUGCAGAGCUGCCGACGCCUGCGUGAGAGGAGGGUUGCCAGCUGGGCCGUGUCCUUCGAGCGCCUGCUGCAGGACCCUGUUGGUGUCCGCUACUUCUCUGACUUUCUAAGGAAGGAAUUCAGUGAGGAGAACAUCCUGUUCUGGCAGGCCUGUGAAUAUUUUAAUCAUGUUCCGGCACACGACAAGAAAGAGCUCUCCUACAGGGCCAGGGAGAUUUUCAGUAAGUUUCUGUGCAGCAAAGCUACCACGCCCGUCAACAUCGACAGCCAGGCCCAGCUGGCGGACGACAUCCUCAACGCGCCACACCCGGACAUGUUCAAGGAGCAGCAGCUCCAGAUGCCCUUCCUGCCAAUGGAGGCUUGUGCCGCCGCGAGUCUCAGGGCUCUGUGUCCUCUGCAGGGAGCCUGGACCUGCCAGAGGCCUGCAGGACCCUGGUGCCGGAGAAGGACAAGGCUGUCAAGCACUGCUGCAUCCACCUCCCGGAUGGGACGUCCUGUGUGGUGGCUGUCAAGUCGGGUUUCUCCAUCAAAGAGAUCCUGUCUGGCCUCUGCGAGCGGCACGGCAUCAACGGGGCCGCUGUGGACCUCUUCCUGGUGGGCGGGGAUAAGCCUCUGGUGCUGCAUCAGGACAGCAGCAUCCUGGCAUCGAGGGACCUGCGUCUGGAGAAGCGCACGUUGUUUCGACUGGACCUUGUUCCGAUUAACCGCUCCGUGGGACUCAAGGCCAAGCCCACCAAGCCUGUCACGGAGGUGCUGCGGCCAGUGGUGGCCAAGUACGGCCUGGACCUGGGCAGCCUGCUGGUGAGGCUGAGUGGAGAGAAGGAGCCCCUGGACCUUGGUGCCCCGAUAUCGAGCCUGGAUGGACAGCGGGUCGUCCUAGAGGAGAGGGACCCAACCAGAGGCCGAGCACCCACAGAUAAGCAGAAGGGCACCCCGGCCAAGCCCAGUGCAGCUGCCAGCUCCCGCCCCAGAGACCGCUCAGCCACGGGAGAGGAAAGAACACUAGGCAAGUCUAAUUCUAUUAAAAUAAAAGGAGAAAAUGGAAAAAAUGCUAGGGAUCCCCGGCUUUCAAAGAGAGAAGAAUCUAUUGCAAAGAUUGGGAAAAAAAAAUAUCAGAAAAUUAAUUUGGACGAAGCAGAGGAGUUUUUUGAGCUCAUUUCCAAAGCUCAGAGCAGCAGAGCCGAUGACCAGCGUGGGCUGCUGAGGAAGGAGGAUCUGGUGUUGCCCGAGUUUCUUCGCUUGCCUCCUGGCUCCACGGAACUCGCCCUCUGCGCCCUGGCCCCGGCCAAGGGCUUUAGCAAGAGACCCGAGACAACAGGCCACGGCAGGGAGAAGGCCUCCCCACCCAGCGACAGCUCGGCCACCAGCCCCGGCUCGGCCCAGAGCUCCGGCUCGGCCCAGAGCCCCUGUUCGGCCCAGAGCCCUGGCUCGGUGCACAGCCUUCCUGGGCCUCCCGGGGCCACCCCGCCCGGGCAGAAGGUGCAGGAGGGCACCACACAGGUCUGGAGGAGGCAGUCUCGGGAAGUCGAGGCCGGGGGCAUCCAGACGGAGGACGAGUCCGGGGCUGACCUGACCCUGGUGGGGGAGGGGGACAUCAGCAGCCCCAACAGCACGUUGCUGCCGCCGCCCCCGAGUCCCCAGGAUGCGCUGGGACCUCCGAGAGCAGGAGGCAGGGCCCGCGGCAGCCAAGGCCUCCCGGUGAACAGAAUCUUCGACGUGGACCUCGUUGCUGGUGCGGCACCCGGGGUGUGGCCAGGCCCCGGGAGGGCGAGGCCCGUGGGGGCCCCCGUGUCAGACCGCCCAGGCCAGAACCCCAGCCCUGGGGAGCCCAAGGCCAAGUCGAGCACCCACCAUGCCACUUUCGUCUGAUGCGGUCCUCCUGCCUGGCACACACCUCAGAUGGAUUCCGGUGGGCUUGUCUUGCCUCAGCUUUGCCGGCUGAGCCCCUGGGGCCUGGAGGGGACACGAGGGGGCCACAGCCUCGGGGGUCACAGACAGGAUGAACAGGUGGACGAACAGGUGCCCUUGUCCUCUGCUAGCCCCGCACUGCCCCUGGGCACCCAGAUGCCACUCAAUAAAGUCUUCGAGGACA